AUGUCAAAUGGACCGCCAAGCAAAGGUGCCUUAAAUGAGGGGCAAGCAGAAAUGAAGUCCCUGUCUAGCGAAAUGACUGACAAGGUAGCGAGUCCCAUUGAACUUGAACGCAUGAGUUCACUAGAUGAGGAUGAUGACAGAUACAAUGUUUUAAGGCAAUAUUCUGAGGCACAAGUGGUUCAAAUGGGAAUACACUAUGCAAAUACUCAUGGAUUAGACGAGGAGCUAUUUGCAAGAGCCGCUGCUUUGGCGCGAGCACCUAAAGAUUACGAGAAUAAUGUAUCCUUAAAUCAGGAUGAAAAAGAGGCUUUACGUAAGGAGGAGAACUCAAGGUGGAACGUGCCGUCAAAACUAAUUCAAGUUAUUGCACUAGGAUCGGUUGCAGCUGCAGUACAAGGUAUGGAUGAAUCCGUACUUAACGGAGCAAAUUUAUUUUUUCCGACAGCCCUCGGAGUAGACAAAUUAGCGAACUCGGAUUUAAUACAGGGAUUGAUUAAUGGUGCGCCGUAUUUAUGUUCUGCAUGUAUAUCAUGUUGGAUGUCAGAUUUUUGCAACAGAAAAAUAGGAAGAAAAUGGACUAUAUUCUGGGCAUGUAUGAUAUCUGGCCUUUCCUGUUUCUGGCAAGCGUUUGUUAAUACCUGGUGGCAUUUGCUUAUUGCUAGAUUCAUAUUAGGUUUCGGAAUUGGUAUUAAGUCAGCUACCGUACCUGCUUACGCAGCAGAAUGUUCCCCAAAACGGGUGAGAGGUUCUUUAGUGAUGAUGUGGCAAUUUUUUACAUCAGCAGGUAUUAUGUUUGGUUACGUGUCAGGUUUGGUAUUCUACCACGUUCCCGAUAGAGGUAUAAGUGGUGGUCUUAACUGGAGAUUGAUGUUGGGUUCUGCCUGUAUACCUGCAAUAAUUAUAGUAUUUCAAAUUCCAUUUGUUCCUGAGUCUCCCAGAUGGUUAAUGGGUAAGGGACGCCACAUUGAAAGCUUUGAGUCUUUGAAGGCAUUACGAAGCAGUGAAAUAUCCGCUGCAAGAGAUUGCUUUUAUCAAUAUGUUCUAUUGAAAGAAGAAGGUUCUUAUGAGCUUUCUUUCUUGAAAAAGGUCAAAGAAAUGUUCACUGUCAGGAGAAACAGAAACGCAGCUAUCGCUUCCUGGAUUACUAUGUUUAUGCAAGACUUCUGUGGAGUGAAUGUAAUCUCGUUUUAUUCAAGUUCUAUUUUAGUCGAAGGAGGAUUCUCUACUAUCGCCGCCUUGCUUGGGUCCUGGGGCUGGGGGACGGCUGGCUUAGUAUCGCUUAUUCCUUCCUUCUUUAUAAUCGACAGUUUUGGAAGGAGAAACUUACUUCUUGUAUCUUUACCUUUGAUGGCCGCAUUCUUAUUAUUAACAAUGGGUGGGUUUUGGAUCGACCAACAUGGUGCUGACUUAGUUGUUGAAGGUCUUCAAAAACAUGUUAGUUCAGCUAGAACUGCAGUCAUUAUUUUGGGUAUGUAUUUAUUCGUGAUCGCAUUCUCUCUAGGUGAGGGACCAAUACCGUUUACAUAUUCUGGGGAAGCAUUUCCCUUGUACAUAAGAGAUGUUGGUAUGAGCUUUGCUACUGCCACAGUGUGGUUUUUCAAUUUCAUUUUAGCAUUCACAUGGCCAAGAAUGCAAACAGCGUUUACAACACAAGGUGCGUUGGGAUGGUAUGCAGGUUGGAAUAUGAUUGGCUUUUUGUUAGUUCUAUGGUUUUUACCAGAAACUAAAGGCUUGACGUUAGAGGAAUUGGAUGAAGUAUUUGAUGUAAAUGCCAUCUCCCAUGCGAAAUGGCACACACAAAAGUUGAUUCAUGAUUUCAAGAAAAAUAUUCUACGGAAGAAUGUUCCUCCCAUGGAACCAAUAUACAAACAGAUAAAACUAGAUGUCACUAACUCAGAGUGGAAUGAGAAAGUUGAAAGCUCUUGUAUCGAAUAG